AUGGCCUUCUUGCCCUCAAGCUGUUCUUCUUCCUCUUCAUUUUCCUCUCAUCAUCUUUCCAUCUUUAACGGCUGUACGAGUAACAAUGAUAAUAAUAGUAGCAUUUUCUAUUAUAUAAAAGAGGAGCGUCGGAUUAGGCCAGAUAUGAUUAUAAUUAGUAAACGCAGCUCGUGUUUCUCUUCAUCUUCUAAAAAAGGAGAAAAUCAGAGGAGGCGGCGGUGGCGUAGUCUUUUGCGGUGUUCUCUUCUUCCAUAUAACAAUAAUACCAACAACACCAAUAAUAUUAAUAAUUACAAUUAUCAGAACAGUAUAAAUAAUAAUUCCGAAUCCCAGCACGUUUUACCCGAGCUCUGCGAUAAUACAACUUGCCGCUUAGUCAACCAUUUCUCUCAUUCUCCAACUACUCUUCGUCCUCUCCGAUCCGCUCGAUUCCGGACGACGGCCAUGGCGGGUAACGGAUCUCCAGCUCCAUUCACCACCUGCAAUCACCUGCGCCAUGUCGAGUCCAUGGCCACUCUGCCCUCCGGUGCCGGCGCAAUUCCCAGAUUGAAUGCUGUCAUCCUCGGCGAGGCCCUUGCUUCCGAAGAAGAUGAUCUCGUCAUCCCAAGCCAGGAUUUCGCCGCGCAGGCCCACUAUCUCGAGAUGUACAAAAGGUCUAUUGAGGACCCCGCUGGAUUUUGGUCCGAUAUUGCUUCCCAAUUUUACUGGAAAGAGAAAUGGGGUCAUCCUGUUUACUCUGAGAAUCUCGACCUUCGCAAGGGGAAAAUCAACAUCGAGUGGUUCAAGGGUGGCAUUACCAACAUCUGCUACAACUGUUUGGAUACGCAUAUCGCUGCUGGGAAUGGUGAAAAGAUUGCUAUCUACUGGGAAAGCAACGAGCCUGGUGUCGACGCUACCUUGACUUACAAUCAACUCCUGCACAGAGUUUGCCAGCUUGCUAAUUACUUGAAAGAAGUUGGCAUCCGGAAGGGUGAUGCUGUUUUGAUUUAUCUACCAAUGCUGGCGGAACUUCCCAUAGCUAUGCUUGCAUGUGCUCGCAUCGGCGCUGUUCAUUCGGUAGUUUUUGCUGGAUUUUCUUCCGAGUCUCUGGCCCAGAGAAUCAUGGAUUGCAAGCCAAAAGUUGUAAUAACUUGCAAUGCUGUUCGUAGAGGGUCCAAGGUUAUCCAUCUGAAAGACAUAGUUGACACUGGACUGGCAGAAUCCGCUCAGAGUGGGGCUGUUGUAGAUGUGUGUUUGACCUAUGAAAAUGAGUCAGCUCUGAAGAAGGAAGACACGAAGUGGGUGGACGGAAGAGAUAUAUGGUGGCAGGAUGUUGUUCCUAAGUAUCCGGCUACUUGUGAUGUUGAAUGGGUUGAUGCAGAAGAUCCACUUUUCAUGCUUUAUACCAGUGGGAGUACUGGAAAGCCCAAGGGAGUGUUGCAUACAACUGGAGGAUACAUGGUGUAUACUGCUACCACAUUUAAAUAUGCAUUUGACUAUAAGCAAUCGGACGUAUACUGGUGCACUGCUGAUUGUGGUUGGAUUACUGGCCAUAGCUACGUUACAUAUGGUCCCCUAUUGAAUGGAGCAACAGUAGUGGUUUUUGAAGGGGCCCCUAAUUAUCCUGAUUCUGGACGUUGCUGGGACAUAGUUGACAAAUACAAGGUUUCUAUAUUCUACACUGCUCCCACAUUAGUGCGAUCUUUGAUGCGUGAAGGAGAUGAGGCAAGAUAUGUGACCCGAUAUUCUCGGAAAUCAUUGCGAGUCCUAGGCAGUGUGGGCGAACCCAUUAAUCCAAGCGCAUGGAGGUGGUUUUUCAAUUUGGUUGGAGACUCACGAUGCCCCAUUUCGGACACUUGGUGGCAAACAGAGACUGGAGGCUUCAUGAUCACUCCUUUACCAGGUGCUUGGCCUCAGAAGCCAGGUUCUGCUACCUUUCCUUUCUUUGGUGUCCAGUAUAAGCUUUACGUAUUAAAGCAUUUCAGAUGCCUAAUUCACUUGCAUAUGCAGCCUGUCAUAGUGGAUGAAAAAGGUGUUGAAAUUGAAGGGGAGUGCAGCGGUUAUUUGUGUGUCAAAAGCUCUUGGCCGGGGGCAUUUCGAACGCUCUAUGGGGAUCAUGAAAGAUAUGAAACAACAUACUUUAGUGCCUUCCCUGGCUACUAUUUCACUGGGGAUGGUUGCAGCAGGGAUAAAGAUGGUUACCACUGGCUCACAGGUAGAGUAGACGAUGUUAUAAAUGUCAGUGGACAUCGGAUUGGCACUGCAGAAGUGGAAUCUGCCUUAGUUUCGCAUCCUCAGUGUGCUGAAGCUGCUGUUGUUGGUGUUGAGCAUGAGGUUAAAGGACAGGGGAUAUAUGCAUUUGUUACCUUGGUCGAAGGCAUUCCUUACAGUGAUGAUCUCCGGAAAAGUCUUAUAAUGACUGUGAGAAAGCAGAUUGGAGCCUUUGCAGCCCCCGACAAAAUCCACUGGGCUCCUGGUCUUCCAAAGACAAGAAGCGGAAAGAUAAUGAGACGGAUUCUAAGGAAAAUUGCUUCCAGGCAAUUAGAUGAGCUUGGGGACAUCAGCACACUUGCAGAUCCUGGUGUGGUUGAUCAGCUUAUAGCACUGGCUGAUUGUUAAUUUUAGCUUCGCUAAUUCUAUUAGUGAAAUGCCAUUUCCCCCCUUCAUCGACUAUUUGGCUUUUAUUACUCUUUCAUUUCCGCCAACCAUAUCACUUGUUACUGGACCUAACUCAUAAGUCAUUUGCUUGGUUUGCGUGAGAUCCGAGAUUUUUUAGAAUGUAUUUGUAUAUUUCGUGUAUUUAUGGCUGAAAAACAGCAGUAGGUCUUAAAGUAUGAUUCCAAGUAGAUUUCUUAUGUUCAGUCAUGUAUUACAUUUAAUUUUAGUUUCUUUGACAUGCUAGCUAAUCAAAUUUAGCUAAUAGAGC